GACACCAGUAAAAUUAGUCAUCUUGGAUUAGCACACUUGAAUUAAGAAAUUAAUAUUGGGUUUGUUCUCUGCCCGAUUAUAUCUUUUUCAGUAAGAACGAGGAACAAGAUAGUGAAAUUGCUAGAUAAAAUACAGAAAUAUGGGAGGCAAGGCUUCCUCUAAAUCAAAGUCGGGAGGCGAGAAAAUUUCAUCCAAGAAGAAGGGUAGAAGAAAGGAAUCAAAGAAGCGGAGCCGAAGUUAUGAUUCAGUUAGCUCAUCUUCCGAUGAUGACUCGUUGUACUUGGAACAUAGAUCCUCCACUUUGAAAACUGAUCAUAGGAGAAGGCUAACUAAAACUAGCAAGCGUGGUCGUCAUGACUCUCCCUUGUCAGAUUCGGAUUCAGAUUCAUCAUCCACUGAUGUCAGUGAUUACAAGACGAGGAGGUCCCGAAGGUCACGAGUUGUCUUAAGAGAUGUAAAAAGGAAACGCCGCAAGAGAGAUAUCAGCACCACUGGUGAUGUAGAUACAACCAGUGGACGAAAAAGGAAAAGAUCGGGUAAAGAUCAUGUCAGUAAGCCAAUAAAGAAAUCCUCAAAGAAGAAUUCAAGAAAGGUUGCGAGCAGUUCUUUAGGCUCAGAUUCGGAAAGCUGCUCCUUGUCGCAAAGUAGAAGUAGUAGCAGUAGUGGAGAUGAUAAGCUUCAAAGGAAUAAAGUAGCUUCUGCUAAGGUAAAAGAGAGGCUGAAACAUAGGCAAUCAUGCAAGGGAAAGCAGAAGCACGAAGAUAGGAGUCCAAGUUGUACUUCAAUCGGUAGGGGGGGUGACAGGGAACAUUUUCCUGUCGACAACUCUAGACGCCUGAGGUCAGUUAUCACUUUUGCUGAUCAACCCCAUGAUAAAGAUGGGAGUAGAUGGGAGAUGGAUCCUCAUAAAGAAGAGAUUGUGUAUGAUGAAUAUGAUUAUCCUUCUCCAAGAAGUAUCGACAGUAAUGAAGGGGGAAGUAAGAUGGAGGCAGGUGACCAAUCGAUUGUUUCAUUCAGUGACAGGAUAUGCCUAGAAAACGUUGCUGGUGACAAAGUAUGCGAACUGGGAAAAUCUGGAAUAGAUGAUGGUGAUCAUCAUCAGUCAGAAGGAUGCAUAAAUAAACCUGAGGAGAAAGAGAUUGAUACAUCUGUUCCUGUUGCUGCUUCGGGAGGGGAUGAUCUGGAGUCAAUUCUGAGGCAGAAAGCCUUGGAAAAUUUGAGGAAGUUUCGCAGGAUGCCCCAAACUCGUCCAAGGAGCAAUGUGGUGGAGAAAGAUAAUGAGAGUAAUGUGGCCACACUUCCCGAUAGAACAGUUGAUAUUGGUGAGAAUGUUCCAAUAGAGCAUGGUAUCUCUGAUUAUCAAGAAACGAAUCAGAGAAAUGGGCUCCUAGCAAUUCAAAGAGAAAUUGUGACUCUCCCGGAUAGUGAACACAUUGAGGAGAAACCCCAAAUGGCUAAUCCGAGCAUCACACCUCCAUGCAAUGCAUCAGCGCUCGUAGAAUGUUCGAAGGGAGAUAAGAAUUCCUAUUCUCCAGCUGCUGAGAUGAAAGCUGAAUCAGGGAACGACGUUAGUCCUGGAGCUGGAGUUACUAAAGCAAGUUCUUCUAAUGCUGAGCCGAUUUCUGGGGAGCAUAGCUCAGGACAAACAAAGGACAGUUCUGAAUUUGAGCAGAAAACAAUGACAGUGAUGAGGGGAGGCGAACUCGUACAGGUGAGUUAUAAGGUGUACAUCCCAAAAAAGGCCCCUGCUCUAGCCAGGAGGCAACUCAAGCGAAGAUUUGUUAUGUUACCAAAAAAAGAAGCUGGACAAGUAAUGGAUAGAAGCAUAGCUGUGUCAUGAUUCUACAUGCUUCAUUUAGGAAAUUGACAACCCCAUCAGAGAGGUGGAUAUAGGACAAUGGCUAGGCAAUUCAUUUUUCCGAAGGCAAUAAUUCUUGCAUCAAGUAUGGUUUUUCCUCUGCUUCAGUCGAUAUCCGCUGUAUCUCAGAAAACUCGCAAGUUGAUAUAGCUUUGGGUUUUUCCUUAAUCGCCGUCCCUAAUUUGAUAAUUUUCACAAGCAAUCAUACUUUACUAUCAAUGUUUAUAGAACAUUGAGCUUUGUUGAUACUGCACAGCUUAGUUUGAUAUUAUAUGAUGUAAUUCUAGACGUUAAAUUAAAAUAGGAUAUAUUUUUCCUUACCGA